GGCGUCUCCAGCGCCCCAAAUGCCACGAACACAAACACCCGUCUCAAACUACACCCCUGGCCCCGGGUACAGCCAGGUUGACCGUGCCUCCCCCGCACCGCAAGUUUUGCGCAACCAAACACCCGUGUCGCGUUCUAAUUUUACACCGGCUCCUGGGUAUGGGCCAAACAUCCCCGGAACACGAGGUCCUGGCGAAGGGUACAGGCCAUUGGAAACAUACCAACCUCAACACGAUCCUUAUGGUCCUCCAUCUAGCACUCCUUUCCGUCCAUACAGUCCCGCAAUUGAUCCAAACUCUCGUUCUUUAACUCCCGCGUCUGCCUUCCCUGGUGAUAGAGCAGCAGCCCGAACCUAUUCACCCUUCAACCAGCCUGGCGCAACCCCCUAUCCAGCUCAAGAAAACGAAUACCCGCUGCGAUCAUUCAGUCCUGCUACUCACAAUGGUCUUCGCUCUCCCCCAGCCGCCGCCCCGGCCGACACCCUGGGUAGGACGUUGUCGCCAGUCAAUGCAGCUAAUGGGGACGGCUAUGUGGCGUUCAGUCCUGUAGCCAAUGCGUCGCCCUCGCCUUUCGCUACCCACGCUAUUUCGGCAAACGAUGGAUACAGCCAUGAAUACAGCCAUGGUCAUCCGGAAGCUCGGGACUAUGACAUGCCACACAGCUCCUAUAACUCACAUGAAGAGCCUCAGAGUGGUUAUGUAGCAUUCAGUCCUGCAGCCGAUGCGUCGCACUCGCCCUUUGCUAGUGACGCAAUCUCGGCACACCACGAAGCCAGCCAUGAACAUCUAGAUCACCUGGACAAUAACAUGCCACAUGACUAUAGCUCCCAUGGAGAGCCUGAGAGUGGCUAUGCUGCAUACCACCCCACUGCUAAAUCACCGUCCUCCGAAUUGAACCAUGCUUCUCCGUUCGAAGAUCAUGACGAACAUAUCAAUUCCGCCCAUGUGUCCACAGGAAGACCAACUUCGGAGUCCCACGAAACGUCGCAACAGCAUGAUAACUAUGUUGCUUACAAACCUUCCGCUGGUAAUGAGUCCUCGUUUGAGGGACAUGCCGAGACGCAUGAGAACGUCGAAAUGCAUACCGGCGCUGACGUUGCGAACAACUCGGACGAACACCGUGUGUCGAACGAAUCGCAUGAUGUGCUACAGUCUCACUACAACCAUGAUAAUCCUACCACUUCGUCCAGGAAGUCGUCCGAGUUCGAAAUCUCUUCACAAGGACACCACGAACAAGCGACUGCAGAGCAGAUGCAUGGAUUAGAAGUCAGGCCUGUUUCUCCGCUGAGCUUGGGCGACUUAACGCAUGCCAAUGAUGGCUUUGAAACUUUCAAUCCCUCCGUCAGUUCGCCUGCGCGAACAGAGACCGAACAUAGACCUUCAAAUUACCACACACAAACAAGUGCGACUGUCGAAAACCCGUUCGAGGACUCCGACCGCCAAAAAACAAGACCCUCAGAAGGGUACAGGGCCUUUAGUCCUUUCGUGACAUCACCCGCUACACCCACACUCCCAAACAUCGCGCCCUACCAACACAAUGGUCAAUCACCAUCAAGGACGAUGUCUCCUCAAGGCGAGACUUCACACGUGAAGCCAUAUCGGCCUGACUACAUUUAAAAUAUUCUCUUCGCUCACUAGCUGGACUUCUUCAUGAUAAUAGGAGAGCUGGCUGUACUUUCUGUUACGAUUGCAUUCUACCAAAGAGCAAAAGCUCACGAGUUGUUAAAUACCCUUUGUUUUCCCCAAUCUUCAUGUUCUUAACGUUUUGUAUCUCCAGUUGGGUACUCUAAUCAGAGACAACCCAGGAGACCUUUCUUCAAGCCCAUGGCUGACUAACUUUGUACAUACCCAGAUGAAUUAUCUCACAUACAAUGUUAACUCAAUUAC